AUGUGCUUCGUUGGCUGGCUUGCUGCAUGUAGGGUACUCGUGGUUGGAGCUGCGCCCAUUGACGGGACGGAAACACCAGCUGCGCAUUCACUGUGCCUUGGCACUUGGGUGCCCGAUACAAGGCGACAUGACAUGGACGGUAUCGUGGAUUCGUGGAAGCUUCCAUCGCCAGUCGCAUCCAUGUCCACGUCAGACCCUUCUUUCCAGCUCAUUGACUGUCACGCGCACACGUACCCUUCUCAGUUCCCUCACACCGACUUCCUCCCUCUCCUCCGCCGCGCUGCUGCUGCGUGCGUCUCCCACAUCGUCACGGUUCCGGAAACCCUAGCAGACGCUCACGAGAUCCUGGCUCUGGCGCAAUCCCAUCCGCUCAUCUUCCCCGCAGAAUGCGCACCUGGAAUCUCGCACCCAGCGAACCAAUCCGAACCUUCUGCCUCGGCUCGGCGCAGCUCGGACAUUUUCGGAUUGAGAAUUGCUCCUGCCAUCGGGCUGCACCCAGUCCAGCCAAAACCCUGUCCGCCUGACGUGGACACGACGUCAGCAGGCUGUAACGAAGCGUCAGCCUCAGCAUUAUCUCACUCUGUCCAGUUGUGCGAGCUGGAGCCAGUGUUGGAUCUCAUUCGAUCCAAGGCGGAAUGUGGCCUGCAGGGAAGGACAGGAAACACAGUGCAUGAAAUGGAAGGUGACAACGUUUCAGUAGACACAGUGGAGGAGGGUUCAAAAACCACGGUGCCUUUGUCAGAGGAACUCAAGAGCGUGCAGAGGGAGGUGUUUCGGCGCCAGCUUUCUUUAUCAGCAGAGCUGGGUUUGCCAGUCAAUGUCCAUUCCCGCAGCGCGGGACACCAUGCCAUAGAGGAGAUUGUCCAAUCAGGACUUCCUGCCACGUCAGCAGCUUUGAUGCAUGCGUUUGAUGGGCGGUUGGUGCAUGCGCAACGGGCUGAACGGCAUGGUGGAUUCUUCUUUUCUGUGCCACCCUCUAUUGUCCGGUCGCCACAAAAACAGAAACUCGUGAAGGGCCUUCCACUUUCGUGCCUUGUGCUGGAGACGGACUCUCCUGCACUUGCUCCUGAAAAGGGUGCCACCAAUGAGCCGUGCAAUAUUGUGGUAUCGUGUAGGGAAAUAGCUCGCAUCCAUGGCGUGACUGUUGCUGAAGUGGCCAAGACCACAUCUUUCCUUCGUCUCCUGAUUUCAGAGGCUCCUCUAGCAUCCUCUGAUUUUUUAUCAGCUUCACAUCUCCCAAUGGCUGCCGUCACUCUUUCACAGACAGCGACGGCCUCGUGCCGUGCCACUUUCAGCUCAGUGAAGCUUGAGUCGAAGGUCAAGAGGUCCGUCAGCCUCGCCGUGCAGCCCGCCUUUGCCUGGAAGUCUGCUGGCGUGGCUUCGACCGCCUCGUUCAAGGGAGUCGGCUCGGUUGUCGUCAGAGCGGUCGCGGAGGAUGUGCAGGGUGGCGGAAACUACGGUGCUCCUCGCGAGAUUCCAGGCACCAAGAUCUAUGUCGGCAACUUGCCGUUCAACGUCGACAGCGAGUCGCUCGCUGAGAUCUUCCAGGAGGCUGGCAUCGUGGAGCUUGUGGAGGUAAUUUACGACAGGGAGUCUGGUCGCAGCAGGGGUUUCGGGUUCGUUACGAUGAGCACCCCUGAGGAUGCUCAGGCUGCCAUUGAGAAGUUUGACGGCUCGGAACUCGGCGGCCGCAUGCUCAAGGUCAACAUGCCCGUUCCCCGUGGCGAGCGCGAGAGGGGUGCACGCAACGAGAGGCCACGUGGCGACAGGCCGCGUUUCGGCGGUAACCAGAGCAACAAGCUUUACGUCGGCAACCUGUCGUGGGGCAUGGACGACAUGGCUCUGGAGGAUCUGUUCGCGGAGUUCGGCAAGGUGCUCGAGGCCAAGGUCGUCCUGGAUCGCGACUCCGGCAGGUCCCGAGGGUUCGGCUUCGUGACCCUGUCGAGCGAGUCGGAAGUGCAGGAGGCGAUCUCGAACCUCGAUGGAGCUGACGUUGACGGCAGACAACUGCGGGUCAAUGUCGCUGCUCCCAAGCAGUAG